AUGGUUCAAGUGACGCCAGCGAAGCGGAAGGAAGAAGAGGCGGGAUUGGUCAUAGAUAGGCAUGAGAGUUUGCCAACGACGUUAUCACGACCCAACCCUGCGCUCAAGAAAAGGAAAAGUUAUGUCACCGAUCUUCUGGACGCGACCCCCUCCUUCGAAGCAGAGCUUGAGAAACUUUCCCACAACGCACCAAAGAUCGCCGACUAUAAAAGCACGUGGAACAGACCGGAAUUGGCUGGAUUCGACCCACAGGCAUCGCCUAUAGUAUUUCAGCAGAUCGACAUUGAUGACAUUGUACAAACAUAUGCGCCACGGUUACCAAAUCCGUACGGGUUGCAUGAAGCAUCAACGUUGCGCAUGUUUGGAUGCACGAUGGAAGGGCAUAGUGUCACCUGCCACGUGCAUGGCUUCCUCCCAUACUUCUACGUAGCUGCGCCAAUGAACUACCGCCCCGAGCACAAAGAUGCUAUGCUCAAAGCCUUGAAUGAGGGAUUGAAGAUAAAUCGUAAUAGUCCCGGGCAGGCCGCUCUCGAUCUGGAAAUGGUGCAAAGGUCGAGCAUAUACGGCUACCAUGGGCCGCGGAAAGCUCUAUUUCUACGAGUCAUAUUGCGGCUCGCUUCCUUUAUACCAGCGGCAAAGCGAAUGUUCACAACGGGAUUCACGGUGAAUGGGUUGGGAAGGAUGGUCAGCAACCCAACCUAUGAGAGCAACAUCCCAUAUCCGCUUCGCUUCAUGAUUGACGCGCAGAUCCAAGGAGCUAGUUGGGUCGAGCUGCCGGCCAGGACAUAUGUGGUGCGAAACCCAUCCAGCGCCCUGACCACUUCACAGAUAGAAAUCGACAUAUUUUGCGAAGACAUAGUAGCGCAUCAACCAGAAGGCGAAUGGCAAAAGAUAGCACCUCUACGGAUAUUGAGCUUCGAUAUUGAAUGCGCUGGCAGGAAAGGCGUGUUUCCGGAGGCGUCCGUGGAUCCCGUCAUUCAAAUCGCAAACAUGGUGACACUUCAGGGUGAAAGCCGGCCGUUCAUCAGGAAUGUGUUUACUCUGAAGAAAUGUGCCAAUAUCGUCGGCACCCAUACGCUAUCAUUCGAGACAGAAGAGGAGCUACUGCAGGCAUGGAGCGACUUCGUCGUGAAGAUGGACCCAGACAUGCUCAUCGGAUAUAACAUCAAUGGUUUCGAUUUCCCGUACUUGUUGGAGCGAGCGGAGACCUUGAAACUGGAAGACUUCCCUUACUUGGGGCGCAUUAAAGGCUCUCGAACCAAUGCGAAGGACAGCAGAUUCUCAUCGAAGGGGCUGGGCAGUCGAGAUACCAAAACCAUCAACCUCGAAGGGCGGCUCCAGAUGGAUGUGUUGCAAGUGAUGCAGCGCGAUUACAAGUUGCGGUCGUAUACUCUGAACUCUGUGUGCGCGCAUUUUCUUGGCGAGCAAAAGGAGGACGUCCACUACUCUAUCAUCACAGACUUGCAAAAUGGGAAUGAUGAGACGAGGCGGCGUCUUGCAAUCUAUUGCUUGAAGGAUGCAUACUUGCCACAAAGGCUGAUCGACAAAUUGAUGUGCGUCAUCAACUACAUGGAGAUGGCCAGAGUAACUGGAGUUCCUUUCAACUACCUUCUGACGAGGGGACAGCAAAUCAAAGUGGUGUCCCAGCUGUAUCGGAAAGCGAAAACCGAAGAUCUUUUGAUUCCUGCCAUGGAAGUCGAGGGAUCCGACGACGUCCAGUACGAGGGAGCGACCGUCAUCGAGCCGAUGAAAGGGUUUUACGAGAAACCAAUCGCGACGCUCGAUUUCACAUCGCUUUACCCAUCAAUCAUGAUGGCUCACAAUCUGUGUUAUUCAACGUGGCUUCAUGAUGCUAAGGCAGCGGACCAAUAUGGGCUCAAAAAGGGCGAAGAUUACAAGGUUACGCCUGACAAUGCGUUCUUCGUGAAUCCAUCGGUACGAAAAGGGAUCCUGCCCACCAUUCUCGAAGAUCUACUUGCAGCGCGUAAACGGGCCAAGAAUGAUUUGAAGAAGGAGACGGAUCCGUUCAAACGGGCUGUCUUAGACGGACGACAGUUGGCACUGAAGAUCAGUGCAAACUCAGUAUACGGAUUCACCGGCGCCACCAUUGGAAAGCUUCCUCUUCUCGCCAUCUCAUCCAGCGUCACCGCAUAUGGACGUGAGAUGAUUGAACUGACGAAAGCGCGGGUAGAAGAGAAAUUCACCUUGGCGAACGGAUAUGAGUUUGACGCACAAGUCAUUUACGGAGACACGGAUUCGGUGAUGGUGAAGUUCGGUGUCGAUACGGUGGCGGACGCGAUGAAAUACGGACGAGAAGCCGCCGACUAUGUAACGAGCUUUUUCGAGAAACCCAUCAAUCUCGAUUUCGAGAAGGUGUACUAUCCGUAUCUGCUCAUCAACAAGAAGCGAUAUGCGGGGUUGUACUGGACGAAGCCGGAGAAGCAUGAUAAGAUGGAUACGAAGGGGAUUGAGACUGUACGCCGUGAUAGUUGUCGCCUGGUUUCCAGUGUCAUCGAGACAUGUCUAAAGAAGAUCCUGGUUGAUCGCGACGUCCUCGCAGCUGAAGAGUACACCAAAGGUGUCAUUUCCGAUCUGUUGCAAAAUAAGAUCGACCUGUCCCAGCUUGUGAUUUCAAAGGCCCUUGGGAAAGCAGAAUACGCCGCAAAGCAAGCGCAUAACGAGUUGGCGGAGCGGAUGAGGAAGCGUGAUGCGGGAUCAGCGCCUGCAUUAGGUGACCGUGUGGCCUAUGUGAUCAUCAAGGGAACCAAAGAUGCUGCCGCGUACGAGAAGGCCGAAGAUCCAAUAUACGUACUUGAUAAUAACGUGCCCAUCGACACAAAGUACUAUUUGGAAAACCAGCUGUCGAAACCCUUGAUGCGAAUCUUCGAACCGAUUUUGGGCAGUAAGGCAAAUAGGCUGUUAUCCGGCGACCACACCCGAACGAUAUCGGUUGCAGCACCCACAAUAGGCGGUCUCAUGAAGUUCGCCGUCAAAACCGCAACAUGUCUAGGCUGUAAAGCCGUCUUACGCAAAGGAGAAACCGCCGUGUGCGCACAUUGCAAACCCCGCGUCGGCGAGCUGUACUACAAACAUCUGGACGCCCAGACCGAGAUGGAAGUGAAGUUUGCUCGACUAUGGACACAAUGUCAGCGAUGCCAGGGGAGUCUACAUCAGGACGUUAUAUGUACCGCGCAGGAUUGUCCGAUCUUUUAUAUGCGGAAGAAGGCGCAGAAGGAUAUGGGUGAUAGUGCUGCAACGCUUGCGAGGUUUGACUAUGCAUGGUAG